AUGUCGUUGCUGAAAAACCAUCGAGGUCCAGUGUUUGUGAUCAUCAGGUUCCCCUACGACCUGACCUUAACCUGCAAGAAUGCCCUCAUGAAGACCCUCUCCAUCCACGCCAACUACAGCGGGUGCAUCUCUGGCAUCUGCACUUCGAUGAAAGUGUUGGAGGGGAACUGGCCCGGGACGAUGGGGGUGGCCAUCUUGACCUUCAAAUCGUUGAGGGAUGCAGAGCUGUGGAAGGACAGUGUGCCGGACAUCAAACAACCCGAUUGGUUGAGGGGCGUGGAUAUGUUAAUUGUGCCCAUCAAGCAUCUUCCUGCUCCGAACAAAGGUUUCGUUCAAAUAAUGGACAUGUGCCUCCAUGAUUUGGCGUCAUUCGAGCACAAUUACGCCUGCGAAGCCAAAGAGGUGUUGAAUUAUUGGGGCGCAUGUGCGGGUGUGGUGUCGGCCCCCUCCGAUUGCAUCCACAAGGUGAAGGGGUUGUGGGACCCGAACUACCUCAUCAUCAACUUCUGGCCCAGCUGUCAGGUCUUCGAGGAAGCCAUGAAAUCAGACCAGUACAAAGACCUGAUGAACAAGCGCAACCACUUCUCUGCCAGCCACACGUGCGUCUUCCAGCUUCAACCAAUCGUUGAAGCCAACCCAUGCCUCGUGCCGUGA